GGUGUGUGUGUGUGGAGUUAGCUGAAACUAUGAGAGAUUCAGCUGAGACGCUCACAUAGUUGAGGUGUGGCUUGUUAGAGGCUCCAGGAAGGAACUAACUCAGGUUAGCCAGAGGCAGAGUAGAACAGAACAGAACUGGAGUGGCUGAAGGGAGUUCAUCUGAGAGAGAAAGUCAGCGAGAGUGAGCUAUGGCAGACACAGAACUCAAACCAGAGUCAAAACCAGACCAGAAACUCUGCUGCACUGUUUGUUCCGGUGCUCUCAAUGGUGACAAGUCCUCUACCUGUGGCCACUUAGUCUGUGCCUCCUGCCUGGGCAAGAAAAGUAAGGGCUGCCCCCAGUGUCUACAAUUCUCUGGCAAGCCUAUACCGGCAUCUGUGGAACAGAACGGAACGAUGAUUGAAAUAGUGGCUGAGUCUCCACUGGUGAUCAAAACCGAAGAAAGAGAGAAAAGGGGUAUACAAACCCAAAUUCCAAAGACACCAGACAAGGCAAUGAUAUGGGAAGACCUGAAGGAAUCAGAGGACCCGAAGACACCAGACAAGGCAAUGACACGGGAAGACCUGAAGGAAUCAGAGGACCCGAAGACACCAGACAAGGUAAUGAUACGGGAAGACCUGAAGGAAUCAGAGGACCCGAAGACACCAGACAAGGCAAUGACACGGGAAGACCUGAAGGAAUCAGAGGACCCGAAGACACCAGACAAGGCAAUGAUACGGGAAGACCUGAAGGAAUCAGAGGACCCUAUGAAAUCAGAGGAUGCAAAGAUACAGAGAGACCUGAAGGAAUCAGAGGAAGAGAAAAAUAAAGAGAGUGAUCCUCCACAGCCUGCAGAGGAAGUGAAAGAGGAUGUUGGGGUUGGGGAGGGAGACACAUUAAAGGAAGAGAAAGCAAAAGGAGAGGUGGAAGUAGAGCCGUUGGGGCCCGAUGAUGUUGUGUGUGACUCGUGUAUGGAGAUGAGCCCGUGCCGGGCCCUCAAGUCCUGCCUCACCUGCCUUGUGUCCUACUGCGAGGCCCACCUUAGGCCUCACCUGGAGAACCCCAAGUUCCAGAACCACAGGUUGGUGGAGCCGCUGAGGGACAUCGAGAGACGGACCUGUGAGACCCACAAGUGGCCCCUGGACCUUUUCUGCUGUGCCGACGCUGUGUGUGUCUGUCAGGACUGUGUGACAGAGGACCACAGGGGACACAACACUGUGCCUGUGAUGGAGGCACGCAGAAACAUUGAGAGGGAACUACUAGAUAAGCAAGCAGAGAUGGUGAGGACAAUGACAGCAGCAGAGAAUGCCAUCAACAAACUUCAAGUCAACGCAGUCUCUAUUGAGAAUUCAGUGACGGAGGUCCGUGAGGUGAUUGAGAACCAGUUUACGGUGCUCCAGGCUGCGGUGGAGCGGGCCAAGAGAGAGGUGACGGAGAUCCUGGAGGGAGAGGAGAAGCAGGCUCUGAGACAGGCCGAUGGGAUCAAGGUACACCUGGAGCAGAGGUGCAGUGAGCUGAAAAAGACACAGGCUCAGGUGGAGAAGCUCUCCAAGAACAAGAAUGACGUGGACUUCUUACAGGAGCACUCUGAGUGGAAGAAGGACUGCUCCGACAUCGCCCUACCUGGGGUCUACAUCGGCCUCAUGGACCGGCUCAACUCCUUCAGCAGAGUGAUUGUUACCUCCACACAGGAGCUGUGUGAGCUGCUGCUGUCCAACUACAUUGAGACACUCAAAGAGACCUGCAAAAAUGACAUGAUGGGGAUUAAAACCACAGUCCAUGAAAUAAUCGCAGCCAAACAGAACAUGGACGUUCCAGACCCAAAGACGCGGGAUGACUUUCUAAAGUAUGCCAAUCCUGUGAGUUUUGACGCAGACACGGCCCAUAAGUUCCUGCGCCUGACUGAGGAAAACAGAAAGGUGACCAACACCACACCCUGGCAACACCCGUACCUCGACGUCCCUGAACGUUUUGAGAGCUGGCGACAGGUACUGGCCACAGAGAGCUUCUAUGUCGGCCGACACUACUUCGAGGUGGACGUGAGCGGUGAGGGCGCGUACGUCGGACUCACCUACAAGAGCAUCGACCGCAAGGGUUCUGAAAGUAACGGCUGCAUCACAGGCAAUGACUUCUCAUGGUGCCUCCAGUGGAACGGGCGUGGCUUCUCUGCCUGGCACGGUGAUGUGGAGACGCCUCUAAGCGUGGACAAGUUCACACGCAUUGGGGUCUAUGUGGACUAUAGCCGUGGAUUACUGGCUUUCUAUGGGGUGGAUGACGUUGUCGGCAUGACCCUCAUCCACAAAUACAAGGCUGAGUUUCUGGAGCCCCUCUACCCAGCCUUCUGGCUGUCGAAGAAGGAGAACGUGGUAGUGCUUGUUGAACCUGGAGAGCCGCUGACACUGAAAAGCCCCUCCCCCCCUAAAAUACCACUUAACACUGACGUAGCGCCCCGAAGCCGUUUCACAGUAACUCUUGUUGUUGAACAAUGAUCAAUUCGUCGGUAGUAGUAAUUUUCUCCGUCGAGCCUGAAAAGAUUCAGAAUGCAGGAAACAAUGGAAAAGAGAAACCAAAAUCCUUAUCAGGUGACAAGAAACCUCACGAGAUCUGUAUAUUAUGUUCUAAAUGAAAGUUGAAUAUUUAUAAUAUAUUUGUUCCCAUUCUUGUUGUGUUACGUGAAUAGUCUUGGUAUAACGACAGUGGGUAGGUUACAUCUAAUGUGAUGGGUCCCUUUCUAUUCAUAUUGUGUGUUUAAAUCUGACACAGAACAGUUUUGAUACUGUGACUAUUUGAAUGGGGGACUUCUUUGGGAAAUGUUGGGACUGCUGUUACUGUUUACUACAAACUGUGACUUUGGAAUGUACUGUAUUUGAGAGAUACCACAGUAGAUUAAAUUAAAUUGUAUUUGUCAA